CAGCUAGCUACCUAGCUCAACUAGCAUUUAUUGAAUUGUAGUCUUUAGCUAAACAGGGUAGCUAGCUGUACGUGACAAGGAAGACGAUGGAUUCACCAAUACUGGAGCCUUCAUUGUACACAGUCAAAGCCGUGCUCAUUCUGGACAAUGAUGGAGAUAGACUAUAUGCAAAGUAUUACGAUGAGACAUACCCCACAGUGAAAGAACAGAAAGCCUUUGAGAAGAACAUCUUUAACAAGACACAUCGAACUGACAGCGAGAUAGCAUUACUUGAGGGUCUCACAGUGGUCUACAAGAGCAACAUAGACCUCUUCUUCUAUGUUAUUGGAAGUUCCCAUGAAAACGAGUUGAUGUUAAUGGCCGUUCUAAAUUGUUUGUUUGACUCAUUGAGCCAAAUGCUGAGGAAGAAUGUGGAGAGGAGAGCAUUGCUGGAGAAUAUGGAAGGUCUCUUCCUGGCAGUGGAUGAGAUUGUGGAUGGGGGGGUGAUCUUGGAAAGCGACCCACAGCAGGUGGUCCACCGUGUGGCGCUGAGGGGCGAUGACGUGCCUUUAACAGAGCAGACUGUCACACAGGUGCUGCAGUCUGCCAAAGAACAGAUCAAAUGGUCUCUGCUUCGAUAGGACCGAUUGGGCAACAUGACGUAGUUCCAUUCCCACUCUGCCUCCAUGUUGCCUACCUGUCCUCCAAUCAAUACUAUGACAAGUGCAGUGGCUCAUCCAAUCACGUCUCAUAUGUAGAUCAGAAGCGAAAGGUCUAUAGCUUACCAUGUACAUCAAUAGUGUGAGGGUUGUUAGAUAUACUGGAUGAUACACAUUCCUACCACCGCACGGGUUGUGGGUUGAAAUAGCUCUGGAGUUUUUUUUCCUCAUCCACAAAAACUUUGUGACCAUCACUUGUCAUUCCAACAUUCCAUGUACCAGUUAGUGCAGACAUAUGAUCAUAUAUUGGCAGGGUUUUUUUUUCUUCAAAGUACUGUACAGUCCAUCAAGUACUGUCUCCUUAAUGAAAGGCCAAGACAGACAUUUCUAGGUGAUGUGAAAGUUUAAUGGAAAUCUGUCUGUCAGAUGCAGUGUGUUAUACUGAUGUCAUCAUCUGUCAUCAAAUACUUUGAAUAAAUUCAAUUCAGAAUC